CAACAACUGUAUGUAACAAUUCUAAUGUUCGGAUAAAUUUUUGAUCUUGUCAUAUUCCCACACUACCACUAACCGUUGAUUUUCUCUCUUCCUACUCUCAACAAAUUAUUUGAUCAAUAUAUUUAUUAAAUGAUUGACCAAAAUACACACGUCUUGAAAAACAAUUGUGUGAUCCAAUAUCUAUUUACAUAAUAAUAAUUAUUCGAAUGAAAAUAUUUUCAUCAUGAUGAUGAUGAAUGAUUUAUCGGUGGGUGAUGAUGAAAAUUUAUAGAAAAAAUGUACGGCUACGGAUCAUAUCAACAACCAGGUUCUACUACCACAACUACUGUUACCACUUAUUGGCAAGGAAUGGGUCAACCAACUUGGUUGCCACAAGGUUUCGUUGUUCCUCCUCAUGUCAUGGUCAAUCGUAUGAAUUACAUGCAAGCAGCUCAACAAAUUUUCUGGCAAUACGAUCUCAAUCGUAGUGGAACUCUUUCAAAGAAGGAAUUCAAAUUUGCUGCUGCUACUCAUUUUGGUAUUCCUCCACAUCAAGCUAAAUUCCUUUUCAGAAUGAUGGAUCGUGAUGGUAAUGGAGUCAUGACCAUUGAUGAAUUUGUUAAUGCUUACUUGUUCAUUAUGGCUGGAGGUGCUUCAUACAUUCAACCAAUUCCAUCUUACAGACAUCGUUUUGGAGGUAUGGGAAUGGGAAUGGGAAUGAAUAUGGGCAUGGGAAUGAAUAUGAAUAUGGGUAUGGGAGUUCCUCCUCCUCAACCAUAUGGUAUGCCACCUCAACCAUACGGUAUGCAACCACAACCAUUCAAUCCUUAUGGUUAUCCACCUCAACCAUUCAAUUAAAUUCAGAAUUGAAUAGAUGAACAGUUUUGUAAAUAUAAACUAUCUUAAUUUAUUGCU